CACUUCCAGGGCACAGAGCAGUGUCGGAGCAGAGAUAUAACAACAAUGAAAGGCACCAUUGUUGCUCAAGUUGAUUCCAGUGAGUCUUUCCAGGAGUUUUGCAGUACAUCAUGUUUGUCCUUCUAUGAAGACAAGCAUAAUCCUUCAAAAGGAAUCUUGAAUAAGUCAAGAUGCACUAUCUGUGGUAAACUAACUGAGAUUCGCCAUGAAGUUAGCUUUAAGAACAUGACUCAUAAGCUGUGUAGUGACCACUGCUUCAAUAGAUACAGAAUGGCGAAUGGUUUAAUAAUGAAUUGCUGUGAGCAUUGUGGGGAGUACUUGCCCAGUAAAGGAGCUGGAAACAAUAUCCUUACGAUUGACGGUCAGCAGAAAAGAUUCUGCUGCCAAAACUGUAUUGGUGAAUAUAAACAGAAAUAUGGCAAAUUAACAACUUGUACUGGUUGCAGAGCUCAGUGCAGGUUUUUUGAAAUGACUCAGUGCAUAGGACCUAAUGGAUAUAUGGAGCCAUACUGCUCAACUGCAUGCAUGAACACACACAGAUCAGAAUAUGCAAAAUCACAAAGUAUGGGAAUUAUUUGCCACUUUUGUAAACGAAACUCUUUACCUCAAUAUCAAGCCACAAUGCCUGAUGGAAAGCUGUACAACUUUUGCAGUUCCAGUUGUGUAGCUAUAUUUCAGACUCUUAGUGUGCAGUCUUCAACCAAUGGUCAGUUUGUGUCUCCAAGUGACAUUCAGCUGAAAUGCAAUUAUUGCAAAAGUUCUUUUUGUUCAAAGCCAGAAGUACUGGAGUGGGAGAAUAAAGUAUACCAGUUCUGCGGCAGAACUUGUUCAGAUGAUUAUAAGAAACUGCACUGCAUAGUUACAUACUGUGAAUACUGCCAAGAGGAGAAAACACUGCAUGAAAUGGUGAAUUUCUCUGGUAUCAAAAGACCAUUCUGUAGUGAAGGAUGCAAGCUGCUAUAUAAACAAGAUUUUGCAAGACGGUUAGGAUUGAGAUGUGUUACUUGUAAUUACUGCUCACAGCUCUGUAAAAAAGGAGCUUCUAAGGAACUUGAUGGUGUAAUAAGAGAUUUCUGCAGUGAAGAGUGCUGUAAAAAAUUUCAAGACUGGUACUUCAAGGCUGUCAGGUGUGACUGUUGUAAGUCUCAAGGAAUUCUCAAAGAGAAAGUGCAGUGGCGUGGAGAAAUGAAACAUUUCUGCGAUCAGCACUGCUUACUGCGUUUCUACUGUCAACAAAAUGAACCUAAUAUGGCAACACAAAAAGGACCUGAAAAUUUGCAUUAUGAUCAGGGUUGUCAAAUAUCUCGAACAAAAAUGACAGGUUCAGUGCCACCUCCUUCUCCAACACUUAACAAAGAGAUGAAGAACAAGGCAAUUCUUUGCAAACCUUUGACAAUGACAAAAGCUACAUACUGUAAACCUCACAUGCAGACAAAAUGUUGUCAGACAGAAGAUGAUUGGAAGAAAGAAUAUGUCCCAGUUCCUGUUCCUGUACCUGUUUAUGUUCCGGUGCCUAUGCACAUGUAUAGUCAAAAUGUUCCUGUUCCGACAGUGGUUCCUGUUCCAGUGCCAGUUCCAGUUUUUCUGCCAACUACUCUGGAUAGCAAUGAGAAGAUCCUUGCAGCAAUAGAAGAGCUGAGGGGUAAAGUUCCUUCAAAUCCUCUGGAGGCUGAGCUACUGACUAUAGCUGAGAUGAUGCCUGAAGAUGAUGGAAGAACAGAGACUACGGAUCUGAACAGUGUAAUAAUUGAAACAGACUUGCUAAACUCUGGUACAGAGAUGGAGACAAGCUUGCCUGAUAUUCCAUAUGAACCAGAUCUUGAUAUUGAAAUUGAUUUUCCAAGAGCGGCGGAGGAGCUUGAUACAGAAAAUGAAUUUUUGCUGCCUCCUGUCUUUGGGGAAGAAUAUGAGGAACAGCCAAGACCUCGAUCCAAAAAGAAGGGAGUGAAGAGAAAAGCAGUGUCAGAAUACCAGUCUCAUGAUGAUAGCUCCGAGAAUUCAGAGUGUAGUUUUCCUUUCAAAUAUGCAUAUGGUGUAAAUGCGUGGAAACACUGGGUAAAAACUAGGAGUCGAGAUGAAGAUCUACCAGUAUUAGAGGAACUGAAAUCAACAAAGUCUGUGAAAUUAAAGGAAGAUCUGCUAUCGCAUACUGUAGCUGAGCUAAACUAUGGCUUAGCACGUUUUGUCAACGAAAUUCGAAGACCGAAUGGAGAGAACUAUACACCUGACAGCAUCUAUUAUCUUUGUCUUGGGAUUCAGGAGUACUUGUAUGGAAGCAAUCGAAAAGACAAUAUAUUUAUUAAUCCAAGCUACGAGACAUUUGAGCAGGAAUUAAAUAAAAUCCUUAAAAGUUGGCAACCAAGCAUACUUCCAGAUGGGUCAAUAUUCUCUCGAGUUGAAGAAGAUUAUCUUUGGAGGAUAAAACAGCUAGGAUCACACUCUCCAUUUGCUCUUCUGAAUACACUGUUCUACUUUAACACUAAAUAUUUUGGCCUGAAAACAGUGGAGCAGCACUUAAGACUUUCCUUUGGCACCGUUUUUAGACAGUGGAAAAAAAAUCCUCGAACAAUGGACAGCAAAGCUUGUCUUCGAUAUCAAGUUUCUUCGCUAUGUGGAGCUGAUAGUGAAGAUAAAAUUACUACUGGAAAAAGGAAACAUGAAGAUGAUGAGCCAGUGUUUGAACAAAUUGAAAACACGUCAAAUCCUGCUAGAUGUCCCGUGAAAAUGUUUGAGUGCUAUCUGUCUAAGAGCCCACAGAAUCUUAAUCAGAGAAUGGAUGUGUUCUAUUUACAACCGGAAUGCUCUGUUUCCUCAGAUAGCCCUGUCUGGUAUACUUCCACUUCACUGGACCGCAACACUUUGGAACACAUGCUCGUACGGGUUCUUUUAGUAAAAGAUAUUUAUGAUAAAGACAAUUAUGAACUGGAUGAAGAUAUAGAUUAAAACAAACUUCCAAAAGCUGUCAGGAAAAACAAAACAGCAUUAGAUAGUCAUGCUGCUAGACCUUUAUUAUGGAAACCAUUUCAAGUUUACUCUUCGUUUUAUGAGUUUUGUAGCAGUGUACCCUGACCUGGGUAUUACCAUGUAAAUAAUCCGUGAGUGAAAGUUGCCAUUAUCCUCCUACGUAGUGGUUUUAGGAUACUUAACAAAAACAUUCAAAUUCUUUUUUUUAUUAUUAUUUAUUUGAGUAGGUAUGUUUGUAACUUUUUACAUUGCGAAAUAUGAAUGAGAAUGUGCCAUGUGUAAUUUUUUUUCUUGUAGUAAGAAACAUCCAUAUUGCACAACUCUACUGUUGCAAGCUUCCUUGAAAGGAGGCUCUUUUACUGGGUUCUUCAACCAGAUGGUUGUGUAUGGGUAGCACUACUAAAGUUUAGAACUUGCUGUGUCUUUCAGAAUUUUUAAAUAAAUUGUAAACUAAUAGGUUUUUUACUUUUUAGUUACUGAAGCCUUAUAAGGUUAUGUAGAGAGAUUCCAUCUUAUGUACCAAAAAUAGACAAAAGAGAAUGCUGUCAAUAUUGGUGUACUGUAAUGUGAAUCUAUAUUGGUGAAAACAACUUUUUUGUUGCCCUUAUUAAAACCUUAGUGUCCUUUCCUUAUUUGUGACUCUCUGAAUUGCCCCUUCAAAUAAAAUAUAUAUUCAAAAUGAGUGUAAGCGUAAGGCAUGUGAUCAUCUAGACAUUUAUUUUGUAAAAAUGUCUGAUGGCAAUGCUAUAAUUUUCUUUUCCAUUUUUAUUUUGCCAGACAUAAAUGCUGGUACCCCAUAUUGCUGUACAUCAGUCCUUCAUAGCCUUAGCAAAAGGGACUUUAAUGUAGUAUUACAAAAAGUAAUACAGUAUACUACAUUUUUCAACUUUUUUCAUUUGUCAUUGCUGUGUUGUACUUAAAUACAACUAACAUUUGAUUAUGGGUUGUGAGAGUUCUUUUAACUAAUGUCUCCAUUAAAAAAACAGAAGACACAUGAAGUGGCAGAAAGUCAAAAGAUAAUUUUUAAAAAAAUCUGCUGUUCUUUGUUCAAUAUAUUUAUUUUGCAUAAAGAAUCUGAUUUCCAGAUGUAUAUGUUCAGCCUCUAAAGUUUUGUUUGUUCCCUACUCUUGUUUGACUAAUGCAGACAAUAUGGAGGUUUGUGCAAUGAUAUUUCCUGUAGUACUCAAGAAAUCAUAGUACAGUAUUCUACUAUAAAGUAGGUAAUUGGUAUGAUAUUCCUAAUGAUUUAAGAAUCUAUUGAUAACAAUCAAUUAUUACCGAGAUGAAAGAAAGAAAAUUGUUUUUAUAUAUCUUAUUGCGAUGAGAUUCAUUUCCUGCAAAGAUGCACUACUUUUUCAUUUUCCUUAUUAUAGAAGAAUGGACAUAAGGAUGCUUACUUCUACAAAGAAAUAAAGCUGCUAGCGCUUUGUUUUGAUAAAGAAAUUUAUUUAAAUUUUUGCUACUCUCUUCUGACCGUGAGUAUGUAUUAACUUUAGAUAUACCACUAAUAGAAAAGCAGAUGAAUAUACACAUUUUUAAUUUCUUUAUUUUGAUCGGCUGAAUUGGCACCAGGUCUCCCCAAAUGAUUACAGUUGCUUCAUUGCCUGGAAAAUCAGGCAACAUUUCACAGCACUAGUCAGUAGAUUAUCUAACAUGUAAUGCUCAGUAAUCUGUUGCCUAUUGCCAUGAAAUGUUGCCUGAUUUUCCAGGCAAUGGUGCAACUUCAGUAACUAAAACAUUACUUAAUGCCUGUUCUUUCAAGCAAGAGCAAUAUAAAAUAGUCAUGAGAUAGAAAAGUUUCUUGAUUUAAAAUAAAUUUCAAGCACUAAUCACAAUUUUAAUAUUUCUAUGUUUUGGGAACUAAGUUUCUAAUUCUGUGAAGUACUUAAGUACAAACUUAACUUUAAGCAAAUUAAUAGUCCCAUUGAGUUCAGUGGGACUACAAUAUUACGAACCUGCUUAAAGUUAAAUGUGCUUGAAACCUCAGGUCGGCAAAGCACUUAAGUAUAUGCUUAACCUUGAGAGAGAAAUUUAAACUAUAAGUGUUUAACUAGUUAAGUAUAUGCUUAACGUGCUUUUGCUAAAAGCAGUAAGAGACCCAAUUUCAGGAAGGUCCAUAAACGUAGUUAUGUCCAUCCCUGUUGAGUACAACACUUUAACACUGAUUCAAGAAAGCACUUAAUGUUUGACUCUGUGCUUAAAUUAAGUAUGUGCUGGCAUGUUUUGCCUGAAUCAGAGGCUAACCUAGUGUCUUCAAAAUCUGAUUAUGGAUAUCCUUUAAGUAAAUAAGGAUUCUUGUUAAUAUGACGUACUGGAGACUAACCUACGUUGUUUUUCUAUUUCAUAAGGAAGUGAUGACUGAAUUCUAUUAUUGCCAUAAAUUUCUCCAAUUCUCUACCCUAGUUCCACUCUUCAAUAAAAACACAACCAUAAUUUAGGCAGGCUUUAAAAUAGAAGUUUUUACAUAUAGAUCCAAGUUGGUAAUACAAAGAUGGCUGACAUGAAAAUAACUUAUUCCAGAAGAUGGAGCUAUUCCAUCAUUAGCAAUAAUGUUUAUUCAAGUAGUGUGUUUAGAUCAAACAUUGUAAACUGUUGGGAUACUGUAGUCAAGUACACAUCAUGUCUCAAUGUAUACAUGUUAUUACAUAAUUUCUAAAUUUUAAUGGUGAUGCAAAAUUCAAUAAACAGCCUUAGCUUUAAAAAAAAUAAAUAAAUGCAAUUUUGUAAUAAUUA